UCCUGACCUCCACCUCUCAACGAGCUUUGCCUCUAGCUUUGGAAUCGUCGCAGGCCUCGACUAUAGCUGCGGUACUAGCUUUGCAGAGGACUGGACCACCAACAUGCCCGCGGGUACGAAGGGGAGGCUCCCCACAUUCAUUACUCCAGCUUGGGUGCGAAGGAAGCAUCUCCGCAAGUUCUCGUGGCUGCCAGAUGUCCUCCGCGUUAAAGGAAGCAUCAUCAGGCAUAUCGUCGGCCCAGUGCUGACCGUCACGAUCUGGGCCUCCAUCAUCGCGUUCCUGCAGUCUCGCGGGCAUCCAGUGGAGUUGACUAACUCGGUCGUUCCCCUGCUCUCUGUGGUCGUCGGUCUCAUCCUGGUCUUCCGCAACGGCACGUCAUACGACCGCUACUGGGAAGGCCGCAAGUGCUUCGCCACCCUAACCUCCAACACCCGCAACCUCGCCCGCCUCAUCUGGGUGCAAGUCGCCCCUCCCCCAACCGACGAAGAGCCCCCGUACACCAAAGGCAAGACCCCCGUAGCCAAAAUCAGUCCCAAGCAGCUUCAUCGCCGCAAGGAGGACGCCCUCCGGCUCUGCCUCUCCUUCGCCUAUGCCACCAAGCACUACCUCCGCGGCGAGGACGGCCUGAACUACCCCGACCUCCGCGCAAACCUUCCGCAGACCUUCAUCCGGCUAGCGGAAGCGGGCUUCAAUCCCAAGGCCAUGUCGCUGGUGAACGGCUCGUACGCGGCGACGAGGAACAACUCGAGUGAGAGGGUCGAUUUGGCAGCGAGCGAUAUCACGAUUGCGCGCGGGGACGCGACGAAGCGAAUCAAGGUGAAGCGGAGCAAGGAUAAGAUGCCUCAGGCGACCACGCCGCUGCUAGCAGAUUCGCAGUAUACGAGCGUGGACUUCUGCAAGGAGACCUCGCUGCCUCUGCCUCUUGGGAUUGCGCAUGAGAUCACUCGAUUCCUCUUCGUCUGCAGGCGAGAUGGCUAUCUCGAAACGGUCGGCCCAGCAGGAGUAAAUGCCAUGAACGGCAUAGUCACCAGCAUGAUCGACCAGCUUACUGCAAUGGAGCGCGUUGCGAACACGCCUAUACCCUCGUCAUACGGCAUCCACCUCAAGCAAUGCGUCACGCUAUACCUCUUCGCCCUCCCAAUGACUCUGGUCAGCACGUUGGGCUGGUCAGUCGUGCCUAUUGUGACCAUCGUCGCCUUCACUCUCAUGGGUAUCGAGGGUAUCGCGGACCAAAUCGAGAUGCCCUUUGGUACGGAGACAAGCGAUCUGCCACUGGAUAGGUAUUGUGAGGACCUGAAGGAGGAGAUUCAUUUCAUGAUCAUGAGCCUUCCCGAGGGCGGGGAAGGGAUGUACGGUUACGACGACGGUGAGGGCGAUGACUAAAGGAUUCCUUUCGCAAUCAUUGUUUUCUAGCCACAUAUCACUCAUGGACUACGUAUGUGUCACAUUCAUGUACUCUUGCAUAUUCUGUCAUGACUUUACGACGAAUGGAAUCGAGAUAAUCUGUGGUAAG